CUGGUAAUGAACUAAUCAUCGAUGGAGGAUGGAGCUUGUGAUUGACCCUACCUGCAAAUGGAAACUCAUACUAUGAAAGGCAAAAAGUUUGCAACAAUGGUAAAGGAGGGUAUUGUGAAUGACAACGAUGAUUCUGAGCCAUCAGUACAUGAGAGAAAUGGCAUGAUUCCCAUGCAUGAGAAAAACGAGGAGGGACCAACAGUAGAUGCCAAAGGUGCUGAUGGGAAUACACAGACAGAAGAAACUGCUCUCUUGAAACACUGUGCUCAGCAACCUCCAGCACCAACAGCAGGGUCUUCAAUACCUGCAAGAACAUGGAGACAAAUAUUUACUUGUCCUCCUCAGGGUUUACUGGCCCGAACAGUGACAAAUGUUGCAAUCAUGGUCCUGGUUUGGGCUGUGGUUUGGUCCAUCACUGGGACUGAAUGUCUCCCAGGUGGAAACCUGUUUGGAAUUCUGUUUCUUUAUUUUUUUGCUGUCAUGGGAGGUAAAAUUUUUGGAUUCAUUAAAAUACGAACACUACCUCCUCUCCCCGCUCUUCUGGGGAUGCUACUUGCUGGUUUCCUAAUCCGAAAUAUCCCGUUCGUUAGUGACAUCGUCCAGAUAAACCUACGCUGGUCGGCAGCACUGAGGAAUAUUGCUCUUUCAAUUAUCUUGACCCGAGCAGGACUUGGCCUGGAUCCAAAGGCUCUUAAGAAACUCAAAGCAGUCUGUUUACGGCUUUCUUUCGGACCAUGCAUUUCAGAAACAUGCACAGCUGCUGUUCUUGCUUACUUGUUCAUGCAUUUGCCAUGGCAAUGGGGAUUUAUACUAGGUUUUGUUCUAGGUGCAGUCUCCCCUGCGGUAGUGGUUCCCUCAAUGCUGAUUUUACAAGCUGGUGGAUAUGGGGUAGAGAAAGGUGUCCCAACUUUGCUAAUGGCAGCUGGCAGCAUUGAUGACAUUCUGGCUAUUACAGGCUUCAACACUUGCCUUGGGAUGGCUUUCUCUUCCGGUUCUACUCUGUACAACGUGCUCCGUGGAGUGCUGGAGGUUGCUGUUGGCAUAGCAGCUGGGGGGAUUCUGGGAAUGUUUGUUCGAUAUUUCCCAAGCCGUGAUCAGGCACCUCUGGCAUGGAAGAGGUCAUUUUUUGUACUUGGGCUGUCCAUGUUUGCUGUUUUUGGCAGCAUCUACUUUGGUUUCCCUGGAUCAGGAGGGCUCUGCACAUUAGUCUUAGCUUUUGUUGCAGGUGUGGGAUGGUCUGAUGAAAAGAGGGAAGUAGAAAAAAUUGUUGCAGUUGCAUGGAAUAUCUUUCAACCUUUUCUUUUUGGUUUAAUUGGAGCAGAAGUAUCUGUUACAUCUCUUAGGCCUGAAACUGUUGGGCUCUGUGUUGCCACAUUAGGCAUUGCUCUAGUUGUGAGAAUCAUAGCAACGUUCCUGAUGGUGUGUUUUGCUGGGUUUAAUUUCAAGGAGAAAGUAUUUGUCUCAUUGGCAUGGAUUCCCAAAGCUACCGUCCAGGCUGCAAUAGGUUCCCUUGCCCUGGACACAGCAAGAAGUCAUCAGGAUGAGCAACUGGAAAAGUACGGAAUGGAUGUACUGACAGUAGCUUUCUUGGCUAUCUUGAUCACUGCUCCAAUUGGAGCCCUGGUUAUUGGCUUGGCAGGGCCCAGACUUUUGCAGAAGGCUCAGACAAAUAGUAAGGAGGAUGAGGAAGGUGCUGAGGUUGGAGAAGAAGCAGAGGCCUGUGAACCUUCGUAAGAGAGACAACUACAGGAAUAUGGUCCUUCAGCUCUUACACUUCUGUUGAGUAAACACAGCGUGUCUGUAAUGUUUCUGGAGGAAACCAAAACAAGUGUCAGUUAUGUCUGCUAUUUUAAAAGCAGCCCUGGUUGAGUUUUAUAAAAUAUUUUUAUUGUUGAUGGUGCCUUAACAGAUUAAAUAGCUGAACAUUGGGUGAAUAGGCUGGCCAGGCAGUGAGUCACUGAGCAUUCAGCAGUCAACAGUUACUUGAAAUGUGUGGGUGUGAGGCCAGGGAAUUGUUCGGGCAUGGAAUGGAGUCAUGAGGUGGAUUAUAAACAGAAGAAAAUGGAGUCUAAUGUGAAUAACUUCUUGAUGGUUGAAACUGGCCUUUGAGAUGACAAGUUCAACAGCUCAAAGAAUGCAACUUCUGAAUUAGAGACUGCUGACACACAGCAAACGAGUCCUGCCACGGGUUGGCGAUUCCUUCUCCUUCCUCAUUUGGGUUCCAAAACUUGACUUCCCCUGUUGCUAUUCUUCCUCACGGCUCGUGCACUCCUUGUACCUUCAAGGGACUGUCAGCUUUGGUUUUAGCAAGAAACAGCAAGUGGUACUUCUGUGCUGAAAGAGACAGUUGAGACUAUCAGGGACGCUGGUAAUAAAGGUGUUGCCCAUGCUGGUAGAAAAAAAAAACUGAGCUUGAAAAUGGGAUGAGGGCUGUGGGGAGGACUGGGAAAGGGAUGUAUGGGAUUGGGAUGGCUGCUUUUUCACCUGUGUACCUCAGCCUUCACACAACACGGUGUCAAGGGAGGGAAAUCCAGCUUUUCAGCCACGAAGGGUGGCUACGUCCUGGUGCUGACCACUGUAAGACAGAGGGGAGAGCUCCUCUCAGGUGGGGUUUGCUGGCAGGGCAAGGCCAAGAUGGCAAUGAAUUGUCCCUUUCUUCCUCAGCUCCUUUUGGGGAACUCGGCAAUAGCAGCAGACCUCUUGAAUGAAGAUUCGUGGGUCAGCCGGGGUCUCCUUAGCUUUGUCCUAGGUUAAUGCUCAUCUGGUGGAGAAAAUGCCAUGAUCAGUUUCUUUUCACAUCUGCAUUUGGAUGACUGCAGCAAAGAAAACCUAGUAUUUGCUAAAAAUAUAGCCAGUUAGUGCUCAUCUUCCAAGAGAUGGCUGGCUGGAUUGACUGUGAAGAGUGGAGGCCUCUCAGAUUUGGCAGGGCACUUUUUACCUCUGAUUGACACAGAAAACUAAUAGAACAGCCUUGAAAAAUGUAGCGCUGAGAGGGAUGGUACAAAGCAAAAGGAGCCUCACUUUGCCUACCUUCAGAAGGGGGGCUGUGUGAAGGCAGGUGUCGUGAGGAAGCAGUGUUCAGGACACAGCGCUAGCACCCUCAGCACGUACCCACAGGUCCUGUGGGUCUUCCCAGAAACACAAGCUGUGUGCAGUUGUGGGACGUGGUAAUGACUGGCAACGCUCGUGUCAAAUAUCUUGCCAAAACAUUUCACCGGGGGAGCAAAAAAGCUCAGAUGUGGUUUUCUUCAUUUUAUUUAAUAGAGAUGCCUCCUGCACAGUCAGUUGCAAUAUAGGUCACAUGUGAUCUUCCCAUUCCCAGAAGACUUUCCUUUUUCUCCUUGACUGUCCUAAAGCCAGGAGUAAACCUCUGCUGUUGAUCAAAAUCCUGCUCUUGCCUUUAGCUUUGGUAACAGUUGGGGUUUAGUAUUGACCUGUUACAGCCAACAGCAACUCUUUCUUACUCUGCUCCAUUUUGUACAACUGGCUCUUGAGGGCCUUCCCAGCUCCAGUCUGAGGCACGGAGUCACUACAGCAUCCCUCAGGAACUGGAAAUUUUAUUUUGGUACUUUUUAGUAAGGAUGGUAGAUCGUUCCUGUUAUCAAGGUGGACAACGCCUCCUUGCAGAUUUCUACACUACAGGUCACUGAACUUGUUUUACAGGAUGCUCAGUAGAAUAUAUUUGAUGUGUCUAAAUAUUUUCGGCAUUAGUAAGAUUUAAUCAAUUCUGCUAUAGCUUUUACACUUCUAAUAUGCAACACAAAAAUAUUUUUUAAACUAUCUGAAACUGUAUUAUUUGCAGAGUGUCUAUGUACGCCUCCAUAUACAGACUAAUUACAGCUCUCAGUAUGUGCACCUUUGUAUAUGCCUUCUUCUCCAAGCCAAAAAGAAAGCUUCCUGAGGAAUAUUUAAGGUUCAUAGUCUGCAAUUCCAGUACAGUGAUAAAAAUACCAGGAAACUCUUUGUUAAAUUUUCCCCUAACAGCUCUCAAGUACAUUGACAUUUUUCUUACUAUACGCACUGCUGUCCUCUCUGCCUCCCUGGGAAACGUACGAUCUUCAGUUCAGUUCGUGUUUGUCCCCCGACCAGAAAGAGAGAUGCUUUCAGACUGUGCGGAUGAAUGGUCAGGGUGCUGUGCCUGGCGGUUAUUGUGUCAGCCAUUGACUUCUGUGCCUGCUCUGCCUUCUUUGCAUGGCUAACGGAGGCACUCUGGUACUUAAAUGGGGUAGUUUUGAUAAGAGCUUAUUGCGUUUGGAAACUGUAAUGUCUGUAAACCUAAUUGAUGAGGGAAUAUGGUGUCCAGUUCAUCAGUGACUGUCUAUAAAAUAAUUCUACUUGAGUAAAACUUACAGGAGUAGAAGCUUUAUGUAGUUCUUUUUUUUUUUUCAUGAAGUUUUAUAGAAAGUACAAUCUUCCUGCAGGGAGGGAUCACUACACCAAAUUUGGAGUCUGCUCGGUAACAGAAAUAUGACAUGUAAGGAUUAUAGCCCUGUAAAUUUGAACACAACCUUAAGUAUGCAAGCAAACCUCUGACAAACAGCCCUUGUUCAUGAUAGCCUCUAAUACUUGCUCACCAUAACAGCAUCUCAUAAAUUGGAUUUAUCAUGUUCCCUUAACCUCGGUGCGCUCUCAAUUUAUUCAUUAGAUCACUCCCACCAUUCUGAGUGCUUGACUAGCUACACCAAUGAAGAGUCUCAUCUUGUUCUCUAAUCUAAAUGAAAUUGAAUCAAUUUUCCUUUCCUUGCAACCAUAUGCAGAUGUUUCUCACAAGACUCCUUUCUCCCAGCUUUUAUUCAAUCUUCAGAAAGAAUCAGGGUGAAGCUAUUAUAUAGACCUGCAGGUCUAAAACAAAAAGUGUUAAUGCUUUAUAGUGCUCCUCUCCUUACCUUCCAGAAAGGUACAAAACAUGUGCAUCUUGUCAUGAAAAGAAUUGUUAUAUUAGGGCUAACAACCUACGAGACUGUUGGGUUGGAGGUUUUUUGAGUAUUUUGACAAUUUCAGCUGAUUUUAAAUAGCAGUUAAUUUUGAGAGAGAUUAUUUCACUUGUUAUCAGUUUGUGCAGGUGAAGUCAUGACAUUUAAGACCACCUCCCUUUUAACAAAAAUGCCGUGAAAUAAUUAAUGAAUAAUGCAUAAAUUCAAGCCAAUAAAAUCUUUAUGCCAUGCCAGUCUCUUAUCUGCAGGAAAUAAAAUUAGAGCACAACGUGCAGUAAACUAUAAUGAGAGGCACCCCGCUGUCAUGCAGACAUAACCACAGGCGUAACGCAGGGGAUUACUGAGCACAGUAUGCGUGCGCAGUUCCAGAAGGUUCACAGGAACCUCUGCAGCAGAAGGGUCUGACAGCAGAGCGUGUUUCUGGAGGCAAGCGGUGGGCAGAGUUACAGCAGGCAGCAUAUGGGAAAAGAGAGAAACUGGCCAUCUGGAAGCAGGGAGUCGCACAGGCCAGGGGAUGCAGCGGUAAUGUAAUUAUAAUCACUGCUUUCUCUCUUUUUCAGCCAAACCGAGGGUUUUAGACUGAAAUCUAAAAUCAGCUGGAACACUCAUGGUGUAACAAAACAGUGAAUAACAGAGGUUUUGCAUUUUGCUUUUUAAAUAAAUGGACUGCAAGAGAUUAAAUUUUA